AAAUGAAAUCCAAAAUCGUAUCGAUAUGGUUAAUGUGGAAAUUCAAGAAGAAAAAGCAAGGCAUGCUGCAGUCGUUGCAAUUAAUGAAGCCAUUAAGAAGGGCAUCACAGAGCAGACUCUAGUAACUCUAAAGAGUCCAAAUGCAGUUUUAACCUCUGUCAAUAAUAGCCUUGCUGAGAAUUAUCAAAAGGAUCUUUGGGAAGCCAAGCAAAGAAAAGAAGAGAGUGCAAAAAAGAAGAGUAUCCUUCUUGCUGAAGCAGAAAAAGAUCCAUAUGAGAAACUAUUGACCCAUGAAGAAAUACAAGGGACCAUCAAUAAAACCAACAGGCUUGUUGCUAUCGAUGAAAUCAAUGCUGUGAUUCGAGAAGGUCAUCCCAAGAACACCAUGACUGCACUCAUGAAACCUGAGGCCCAGCUCCCUCCUGUUCAUCCAUUCGCUGCCGUUAUGUAUCAGAAUGAACUGUUCAACCUUCAGAAACAGAACUCCUUGAAUUACCUUACUCAUGAGGAGCUGUCCAUGACACUACAAAUGUUGUCAGCUGUUGCUUUGCUCAACCAAGCAAUGGAAAACCAGGAUCUUGAGUCAAUACAAAAUCAUCUCCAAAAUCCUUUAAUAGGUUUCAAUGACGUGGAUGAAAAAUAUUUGGGAUGUUAUAUUUGUAAGCUCCUGGCCAUUAAAACUGAAGCCUCAUCUCAAGGACAAGAUAACUUGACCCGAAAUGAAAUCCAAAAUUAUAUUCAUGUGGUCAAUUUGGAAAUUCAAGAAGAAGAAGAAAGAAAUGCUGCUAUAGCCGACAUUAAUAAAGCCAUCGAUGGAAAAAACUAUAACAAGACUCUAAUGGCACUGCAGGCACCUGCUGCCAAAGUGAGAAAUGUGAAUCCAGACAAUGCUUGUCACUAUCAAGAUGUUCUGUUUUAUGCAAAAGCAAGAAAACUUGGGAAAAGUUCUGAUGCUUACCCAUUUCUUUGGCUGGAAGAAAUACAAGCAGCAAUAGACUAUGCCAAUCUGGAUGUGAUCAGAGUAACUAAAUGGUCUAAGCAGAUAUCUGAAAUUAAUCGUUCUUUGGAGAAUGAAGAUUCACAAGUAUUCCUGAGAUUACUACAAACUACCUAUCCACAACGAAGUGAAAUAAUGUCCCUGUAUGCUAAGAAUUAUUAUAAAGCUCUUUCUAAGGCCAGGAAAGAGAAGUCGUUUGGAGUGACUCAAGAAGGCUCGUGGUUGAAACUCAGGUUGCGUGACACAUAUAACUACUAUUACAACAUAGAAACAGAAGAGGGUACCUGGAUUUAUCCUGAAGAUUUUGAAACUAAAGUCUCUUGGCUGACCGAACCUGAAAUUAAGGCUUUCUGGAGGGGCUAUAAACAACGAAAACUUUUCGCUGAGAGGAAGCGUAUUUUUUCUGAUAAUGUUUCUUCUAUUACUAAGAUUCAAUCCUUCUACAGAAUGUCGGCAAAAAGAAAGGAUUAUGUUAUACGCAAACAAUUUUUCUAUGACCACAUUUCUGCAAUUGUGAAAAUUCAAGCCUGUAUAAGAAGAUACCAAACUAGAAGAGAUUUUAACUCACUGGUGAAUGAAAAAUAUCCUCCUUUGUCUGCUGUCUCCAAGUUUUCUCAUCUGUUGAACCCAAGUGAAAAAGGUCUCCAGGAAGAUCUAGAAUUAGAGAAUUUAAGGCAGGAAGUAAUUACCAAAAUCAAGGCUAAUCAAGCACUGGAAGAAGAUCUGAACUUGAUGGACAUUAAGAUUGGACUGCUGGUAAAAAACAAGAUCACUUUGCAGGAUGUUAUUUUACAGAGUAAGAAGCUAAGUAAGGAUAAAACUGAAAAAAUAAUUUCAUGGACUGAAAAACAAGGAAUUAAAGGUUUGAAUUUGGAGAAGAGAAAAAAACUAGAAGGCUACCAGGAGCUGUUCUACAUUUUACAAACCAAUCCUUCCUAUCUGGCUAAGCUGAUCUUUGAGGUGCCACCGAACAUGUCAACCAAUUUCAUGCAUACUAUAAUUUUCACACUAUACAAUUACGCUUCCAAUCAGCGAGAAGAAUAUUUGCUUCUCAAGUUUUUUAAAAGUGGUCUAAAGGAAGAAAUACAAUAUCAAGUGCAUCAGGUACAGGACAUAGUGACUAGAAACCCUACAAUCAUUAAAAUGGUUAUCACCUUCAGCAGAGGAGUCCAUGCACAGAAUGCUCUGUGCCAGCUAAUUUUCCCACUGGUGAAAGAGAUCAUUGAUGAUACAUCCCUUGUCAUCAACACAAACCCAGUGGAUGUGUACAAGGGUUGGAUUAACCAAUUCGAAAUGCAAACUGGAGCGAUCAGCAAGCUGCCAUAUAAUAUCACAAAAGAACAAGCCUUAGCACAUGAUGAAGUAAGAAAUAAAUUGGAUGAAUCUAUUCAGAACCUUCAAAGAGUAACCGAUAAAGUCUUGGACGUAAUGUUUUCUUCCCUUGAUCAAAUACCAUAUGGAAUAAGAUAUGUAGCCAAAGUUCUGGAGACUACCCUCCAUGAGAAAUUCCCAAAUGCAACAGAAGAGGAGAUAUUAAAGAUUAUAGGAAACUUUCUAUAUUGUCAGUAUAUGAACCCAGCAAUUGUGACUCCAGAUAGCUUUGGCAUCCUUGACAUGAUUCCAGGAAAUCAAAUAUACCCUGUCGAAAGGAGAAAUUUAGGGUCAGUGGCCCAACUCCUAGAGCAUGCUGCCUCAGACAAGAUGUUUGAAGGAGAAUAUGAUCAUCUUUCAUCCUUGAAUUAUUACGUAUCAGAGACAUUUAAGAAGUUCAGAAACUUUUUCAAGGAAGCAUGCAAUGUCCCUGAGCCUGAAGACAAGUUUAAUGUAGAUGAAUUUACAGAUAUAAUCAGAGUCAGCAAACCCACCAUAUACAUAACAAUAGAAGAGAUCAUCAACAUUCAUUCUCUACUAUUAGACCACCGAGCUGCAAUUGCUCCUGAAAAAAAUGACCCACUGAAUGAGGUGCUAGCAGAUCUAGGAAUGAUCCCUGGUAUAGAAUCUUUUCUUGGGGAAGGAGCAAUUGACCCCGAUGACCCAAACAAGGAAAAUACAGUAAAGCAGCUCUUGAAAACUGAAAUUUCCCUUUCACUGACUAGCAAGUAUGGUUUAAAAGGAGAAAAUAUAGAUCUCAGAAGUCUCAUGGGAAAUACCAAAAGACUGAUCCUCGAUGUCAUCCAAGUACAAUCAGGCCCUUCUUUGCUAGACAUCCUACAGACACCAGCAACUGAAAAACAGGAAUUGGAGUAUAACUUAAAGAUGGAGAAACAAAUUCUUUUGGAGUCCAAGAUCCCUGAAGAAAUGAAAAGCAACCAGAUCAUGCUUGAUGAUGCCAAACUGCCCUUAGAAGAAAAGAAGAGGAAAAUUCAGAGGAAUCUUCAGAUACUGGAAGAAAAUGGACUUGUAUCAGAAGCCAAUAAAUACAAAGAACUUCUCGCUGAGAUUGCUAAGGAUAUCCGGAAUCAGCAUGCAUGUCGUGAACACCGAAGAUGUGAGUUGAAGAAACUUCGUCAGACUCUAGAAGCACUUAGGUCCAAGUCAAUAAUUUUUGAAGAUCAAAUUCAUCAUUAUGAUAUCUACAUAAAGACUUGUUUAGACAACUUACCAAAAAGGACCACAAAGCAGUCGUCCUUUAUAAAGUUCUUUAAAGGAUCAAGCCCCAGGAAGCCCAAGCCAGUGAAGUACACAGGGUACCAGCUCCAAGAAAAGGGCGUCUUGCUGGGGAUUGAAGGCCUUCAGACCAAACAGUUUAAAAAUACCGUGUUUCACUUUAUCCCUGGCGAAGACGUGGGGGACUUCGAAAUCAAAACACAAUUACGAGGUUAUGAGAUAGAAAUUGUUCAUCUUAAUAUUCAGGUGAGUCAUCUUUUCCUUUGCUAGCUGGGACUAAAGAAUGAUGUCAUUGAAAAAAUACUUGAUUUGAAAUUGGAGGACUUUGGUCCACAUCGCAGAUCUUGAUGUCAUGUUACUUUGGUCAAAUAAAUUUUUGUGUUGGGUUUAAAGAGCUUUGA